UGAAAUACAUCCGCGAGGUGUCGCCGCUCUUCAAGAAGCCGUCCCUGGUGGCCGACCUGCCGUGGGACGGCGUCCGCCCACAGUCUCCCAGCUACAGCGGCAGCGAGGACUCUGGGUCGCCCAAACACAGCAGCUCAUCGUCCACAUCCAAAGAUAGGAAGGUCAUCAGCCUGAAGAUGUGCUUCAUCAGCAGGAACCUCACCAUGCCUGAUCUAGAGAACAGGCUGCUGGAGCUGCACUCCCCGGAUGGCCAGCACACCGUGGUGCUACGCUGCAAAGAUGGAGCUUCUGCCAACGCCUGGUUCACCGCCAUACACACCAACAUAGCCGCCCUCCUGCCACAGACCCUGGCACACAUCAACGCCUACCUGGGGGCGUCAUCUACAGCCUCCACACACCCCCACUUGAAACACAUUGCCUGGUUGGCUGAACAGAUUCAGCUGGAGGGCGGACGGCAGCAGUUCAGGCCGGUGGUCAUGGCACUGACGGAAAAAGACAUCCUGCUGUUUGAAUCUGUGCCGUGGAGCAGAGAGUCCUGGUCCAUGCCUCUACUCACACACCCGCUGCUUGCCACCAGACUGGUCCACUCUGGCAGCGCUCGGGGUUCUCCGUCCCACGGUUCAGACCUGGUGUUCGCCACUCGGACCGGCACCGGGCGUGGUAUCGAGUCGCACAUCUUCAGAGUGGAGACUCACUGGGAUCUGUCCACGUGGACACGCGGUCUUGUUCAGGGGGUUCACGCUGCAGCUGAGAUAAUCAAAGAAGUCUCUAUUGGUUGUACGUUGAACAGACAGGACGUCCGGCUCACGCUUCACUACGAAAAGGGCUUUACUGUUACAAGGGAGCCAGCAGACCAAACAGGGGGCACAGUGCUCUUUAGGUACCCCUAUGAGAAGCUCAAAAUGUCCGCCGACGAUGGAAUACGCAACCUUUACCUUGACUUUGGUGGUCCAGAGGGAGAAAUGGUGUUCGACCUCCACUCGGGUCCAAAGCCGGUGGUGUUUGUUCUCCACUCCUUCCUGUCAGCCAAGCUUACCCGCAUGGGUCUUCUGACGUGAAUUGGCCGACUAAUUUCAGCACAAACAGAAGGAUUUUCUUUUACAGUUUUUUUUUUUUUUUCUCUCCCCAUGUUUUUUCGACUGACAGUUGAAGUUAGGCCUUUGGACGCGCUGCAGGUAAAGUUUAAAGCAUGAGUCGCUCUCUUGAUUGUCACAGAAAUGUGCCUUCCAGCUCCCCCUCAGCCUCUGAUCAUCUGCGCUGCAAAGUUGAUGCGAAAAGGAAUGAGCGUUUCGCUUCAGGUCAAGAGGAUUAAGGAAGCUACUUUGGCAUGUGAAAAAGUAGGAGUUUAAGGAUCUCACUCCAAUCCAUGGAGCAAUGUUUAAUCCUUGUUACGAUGAGAGGAUGUGGUGAACGACGUACUUAAGAGACUGCAACAGUAAAAAAAAAAAGAAGUCAGGAGGGAUUUUGUAGAUACAAACACAAAGUUAAGCACAAACUAGUCAGUUUUCCCUGUUUUAUACUCUGCCUAUCAUUCCACAACAGCCUUCCCAAACACCAGGGCUUUUUUAACUUGUGUUUGUCUUUGUGCCAGCCUGUGUUAGGAAGGUGUUUUAGGGUCACAGUUCAGUUACCUGAGCAGAAAUGGUGUGACUGAGUGUCUCCAUACUACAUGCUUCUAUUGGCUAGAGGUGUCUGCACAUUAUCCCAACCUUAUAUUUGUAAUCAGGAUCGCCAUUGGUGCCUUUUUAACUUGUAGUCAAAGACACUCUUUAUAAUGUUUCCUUUUAUAUGUCACAUAACAGGUUUGAAGCUUUGAUAAUGCACAAGCAAUAGUAUUAAUACAUGUUACUUUGUUUUAUGUGUAUAUCUCUGUCUAUCGUGAUGCUAUGACUUUCUGAUGGUAAACUCUGUAUCAGAUAUGUCCUCAUUUGCUGUUACCCUCUAUCCUUUACCUAAAAUUCUACAUAUUUUCCUUUUCUGUUUAUUUGUCCAAAAUGGUCAAAAUUUCAUAUUUUUUGUUUCCUACUUAACUCAAACUACUUCAGUAAGCGAUGGUAUAAAAACUUGUCCAACAGGUUUGUAUCACGUGAAAUAGAUAUGAAUGUACUUUAACAGCGGCUUCAUACUGAAACGUAUAGAUUUUUUUUUUAAAACUCUGCCUCAGAUAAUACAAACAAGCACUCUUAUUUAGUAAGUUUUGUCAUCUUUUCUGAUUUUACACCUUCAACUUCAAAAUUGACCAAAUAUUGCUAAACUAUAAUAUAUAUUUUUUUAAUUAACAUAAAAAAAUAAACGAAUGAAAAGGGCUUAGCUUCUAUAAGUAGUCAUCCUAAAGUGAAUGAAAUAUGAUUGAUUGUCCAACUUUACAUUGAAGAUGCUUCAGAUUAGGGUCCUGUUGAAUAAUAAAAAUAAAAAAAUCUAUUAAAGUUAUAGUGGAGGAUGUUCUUUUUCCAAGUGGAUCAUCAAAAUAAGUGGUCCUCUUAAUUGUCAAUCAUUCUGGUGAUAUGUAGGGGUGUAAAUAAUCGUUUGGUAUCGAUCCAACAG